AUGGGGUGUAACGUCGGGCACGGAGCUCCACAUCUGUGCCUGGCAUGCGCUGCCUUAAGAAUUCCAGAAUCUUCUUCAGGGAAGCAAAUUCUCGGAGCUGACACAAGUCCUGCCGAUAAUAAUCCACCCAUAUUUCCAGGAUGCAGCACAUGGCCCUGGGGAGGGACAGGGCCCUUAGACCUUUACCCUGUCACAGGAAUUGCAGGUGUGUGGGGUGAGUGUCCAGCACCCCCCGACCCACAGCCCCCUCGCUGCCCUCCUGGAGAGGGAAGGCCCGCCUGCAGCAGCCGGAGUCACUCACAGUUUCCAGGGCUGCAGGACCGCGUCGUUGCCACCACACCCACCUGCGAUGCAUCCAUAUCUAGAGGAGGGCGGGGGGCAUCCCAUGAAUCGUCCUGUGGCCGCGACCUCUCACCAUGGGGGCUGUCACCCUCUGACCCCCGACGACGCCGGAGCCCUGGGUGCCGUCAGCUCUGUGCGUGGGGCCACGCGCAGCUCCCGGAGAAGCGCCCGCACCUGCUGGGGCCUCCUGAGUGCUUGAGCAUGAAAGGGCUCCGGCCAGGCCCAUGGCCGAUAUCAGAGUGGGCCUGGGCGCCCCGGGGUCCCCGUGGUCCCCCUGUCUGGUUGCCCCAGGACACAGACCCCCGGUGGACUCUCAAACCUCCCUUUCAACGGGAAAAGAGGCCAGCUCAAGACCCUGGUGACGGUGGGGAGGAGGCACAGGCCCCGUCAUGGGGUGAGGACGGCUGCUGAGCACAGGCACAGCCCCUCUGGCCGACCUGUCACAGGCCAGGCCCCGGGGCUGCCCUCCAGGACCCCAUUGUGCCCUGGGUGACUCUGCUCCAGUCGGGGGAGCAGCCCGAGGCCCGGGAAGCUCAGAACCCUUCCCCAGCCUCCCCACCAGCAGGUGGCGCUCCCCUGGGCCAUGGAGGGGCAGGUGCUCACUUCGUAAACAGCAGAUCCAGCACCUCCUCGGUGGUGGCAAAUCCAUGACAUUCAUCUAAAAACAUGAAUACCGAGAUGACAUCCCUGCGCAGCAAGGCGGGCAGCAGUUGUUGGAAUUCCUGCUCCAGCAGCUCCGUCCGGCUGGGCUUCGUCGGGCAGAUGGGAGGCCCCUUCCCGGCCGAGGCCCUUGCACCCUGAGGUGGGACAGAGGGGAAGUGCAGCCUGCAUGGAACCGCCCGGAGGCCUGGGCUGGGAGCGCAGACCGCAGCCCGAGCUCUCGGGGGCUGCGGGCAGCAGGAGCGCCCAUGGCAGGAACCCGGGCCUUGAUGCUUGUGGCUCAGGCACUUAGCAUCUGACUCUCGGCUGUGGCUCAGGUCGUGGCCGCAGCCCCGUGGGAUCCCGCCCUGGCAGGCCCCGGGCUUGGGGCCCAGUGUGCUUGAGGAGCCUGGGUCUCCCUCUCCCCCUCCCUGCUCUCUGCCUGUCUCUUACACAAACAAGACGAACUAUCCAAUAAAGAAACAAUCUCAGAGGAUAAAUGUUCAAAAAAGGUUGGAUCACUACAAGGACCUCAAGAGACACAGAGAGACAGAGACCGAGAGAGGCAGACACACAGACAGAGGGAGAAGCAGCCCUGGUGCAGAGAGCCCGAGGCGGGACUCGAUCCCAGGCCUGCGGGGUCAGGACCUGGGCGGAAGGCAGGCGCUAAACCACUGGGCGACCAGGCUUCCCCUGGAGGCUCUAGUCUGACAUUCCUACACAUCUGUGCACAGGGACUCUGCAUCUGGCCCAGGCAGGGGCAGGGCCCUGGGGCAAGUGUGGGGAGGAGGGGAAUGCAGACUCGUGUGGGAGCAUGAGUGUAGGGGCCAGGCCAGGGGAGUAGCAGGCUGGCUUCUGGGACCCGGGGCCCUUCGUGCCGCAUCGGGGCCCCGGGUGUCGGGGGUGCCCCAGCCCCUGCACUCACCUUGAGCCCGCGCUGGCCUCCUUUAGCUGCGCAGGGCACUUCCCAGUUCCUGGAGGCGGUGGGGCAGGCGACCCCUUCCUCCCGCUGGCGCCCCAUGGCCCGGGUGCAGCUCUGUGGAGACAGCGCCCGGCAGCCAGGCAGGAGGCCUCAGCGCCCGGUCCGGCCGCCUCGGUUGGGCCGCACCCCCAGCUGCCCCCAUCCAGACACACCACAGCGCAUGCGGCACCCACCUCCCCCAAGGAGAGCAAAGGGGUGCGGCUGCAGGGCCUCGGGGUGACUCUGGGGCGGGUAAGAGGACCUCCGGAACCCUGUUUCCACCCUGUCCACCUUGACCUCACGGUGACCCUGAAGGGAUCACCGGGGAACCUGCCGCCCUGCAACGUCCCCCAGCCUGGAAGCGACCUGCCCACACAUCCCUGUGUCCCUGAAGCUGGAGAGGAGGGGAUGGGGCCACCCAGGAUGGCUGGUCAGGGGGCCUGGCCUGGCCUGCUCUGUGUUACCUGAUGGCGCCUCCUGAUAAACGCCCUGAGGCGUUGGUUUUUAUGCUGGAGCCAAAGUCUACAGCAUUGGAACAAGCGGCACCCCUGGGGUACCUGGGAGCCAGAGCCCCCAGAGGUGGGCCGGCAGCAAGAAAACAUCUUCGAGGAGCGGAUGUCUCCAGCCAAGUGAGCCUGAGUUGGGGCUGCACUGGAUGAGGUUGCCUGGUUACGGGGGCUCCAAGUUCUGUUGGGCUCUGUGUCACGGGAGUGACCUCACUUCCUGGGACCCCCUCCCUGACCCACCUCUGGAGGAAGGGUUAAAGAGGAAGGAGCACAUUGGUGACACAAGAAACGGCAAGCCUUGAAUGUAAGGAUGAUCGUGCCUCACGGAUUCCACGGACCCUAAGUUGAGCAACAAGCAGCACCUUCCAGCAAACGCCUAAGCGAAUUAUUUUGUUUUAUUUUUUUUUUUAUUUAAAGAUUUUUAUUUCUUUAUUCAUGAGA